AGUUGAAGCAAGAAACAACAGUGCAGAUUCCAAACAUGCACUUUCUUACUACACAAAACGGCUUAUAGAUAUGUGCGCUUUUAGGUAAGAAUACAGCACUAUGCUUCACUACUAUCGCCACCCAUCUGUAGUUUCUUUGGUUGCGACUCUGAUGCUGACGUUACUAUUUGUUCCCCAUAUAUGGUCGCUUGUAUAUCCCUCACAACCGGACGUGUUCGUAAAAUCCUACCAAGCUAAGUAUGAAAACGAACUGCCCAGUAAAACAAUGCUCAUGGUUGAGCCACGUAUACAUCCGCUACUCAAUUAUGUGCUUAGGAACUUCCAUGGGAACAUGCCCAUGGAUUGGUCCAUAACGAUUGUACACUCGAGGCAAAACAAGAAGCAAGUAAAGAGAGCCUUGAGCAAGCUGGAUGGUCGAAUUGUGAAAAGUAUAGAAUUCCUACCGGAAAAUAUUCAGGCACAUGAGUAUAACAAGAUGUUUCUAACGUACGAUUUCUGGGAGUUAAUAUCAGAGGAGCACGUUCUUGUAUUCCAAACGGAUACAGUCCUGUGCUCGAACUCCCCUUACAACAUCGAGCAUUUCGUUAAAUAUGACUACAUCGGGUGUGCCAUUGGGCCCCACUACGGCGAAAGUUCUACUUACUGGUGGUACCCUGAAGCCUUUUAUGGAUGUGGCGGUUUAAGUCUGCGGAACAAUAAGUUCCAAAAGAAAUGCAUACACGAUCACCCCGACAAGUCCGACUGGCCGGAGGACAAGUUCUUCGGGUGGUGUUUACACCAGAACCAGAAAAACAUGCCUGAGAAUGCCGAGGUGUUGCAGAAGUUCUGCAACCAAGAAAGACUAGACUUACCUGGCUUGGGAAUACAUAAGUUCUGGGAUUCGGGAUAUGAGAGCGCACCUUCGAGUACAAAGAAGAUGUUCGAUUUCUGUCCGGAGGUCUUUGCUCUGCGACCACACGCCGUCUUUGAGCCCGCCUACAAGGAUACUUCCGAUCCGAAUGCAUUAUUCAACCGAACUGAGUGGAGAUUGCACCAAAAAAGCCCAUAUUCUGAGAUGAGAGUGCAUGGCCUCCCGCCUAUUGUGGGCUGCCCAGAGUGUACAUGUUCGAAACGUACGGACAAACGACGGAAGGAGGGCGAUAAAUAGCGUGACUCGAAAAUUGUCAUUUGAGAAUCAUUCUUCAAAUAGCCAUGCUUGCGGCGUCAACGAGAGCUGCCCAUCACAUCAAAGUGGGAAGCAAUAGUAUUCACAAGUAGUCGAGGUUAUAGUACAGCUUCGAUAUGCGCGAGUACAAAAAGGUGGCCAGCCGACAAGGGAUGAGUUGUGCAUAUCGCGCGAAUAGUUAUACAAGCGUAACAACUGUACGGUCAGAUUAGGUGGCCAGUAUCGAUAACAGCAUUAGAACAUAAUUUAGGUUAAUCGCGCCAUCCGAAUUACAAGCUUCAAAUUGUCGAGCAAUUUCGUGCGAGAAUAGAUCAUGAAUCAGAUCCACCGCGGACGCGGCUACAUCAAGAUUGGGUUCAGCAUUUAACUGGUGCGCAGGACAACAAUCUUGGCAACAGUAUAAUCAUUCACUCAGAUCGAACAUACGGCGGCUCAGUGAUGCAGUGGUUCAGUGGCUGGCUUGAAACAGAUACUACAGUAAGAUUCCCGAGAUAGUUUCUUCUAAGUACAUCGUGCGCCCUAAUUCAAUAUAGGGCCUUCAGUACAGGCAUAAUCGGUGAUACUUGAACAGUAUGUGUACAACGCAAGGUGCACGGGAUAACCGUUCACAAGAGUGCUGUACUCAACAAAACGUCGCUUCACAAAGGAGUUCUGUACAUGGUACCCUUCAGCACGCACAAGUAGUGCCAGAAAUAUAGUCACGGUAUACGCAUAGCGAUUCACCACUGCAUUUGGCAACCUGAAAAGCCUGGGUUAUCGUGUGAAUUAGAAAACCGUAUAAGACUCUGUGGACCUUCGACAGCACAGUACUAGAUAUAUGCCCUAUGCCAUCUAUCUGUCAAUCACAGCGAGGUAAAACAGUUGUGAUGUAUCUUACAUCCAUUCAAGAGUUGAAAUUUAGAUUGCGAAUAAAUAUUGUCAUACAGAACUAGG